CUGCCGUCUUCCUCCUCACCUUGGACAUCACCUGCUGGCCAGAGCACAGACUCCUCAGCCUCCAGCACAGACCCUUUGGCCUCCUGAUGUGGACUCUCACGGGACACUACAGUGAGCACUGGGCCUUCAGCUGGAUCCUUCAGAUCCCUAGCACACAGACAGCCCUUUUGCACUGUUGCACACCCGACUCUGCAGGUGGCCACUUGUAUCUUCCAAUCUGAAAAAGUCUUCCAUGAAAACCUCACUUUUAAAAAAUUGUCAUCUGUUUCUAAAACACUGAAAUGGGUGCUAUCAUUUUGAGGACCGUGUGGUUAUGAACGUGCUUCCUCUUCACGAUGCCUCCUGCUAUGGCAGACACCCUUGACAUCUGGGCAGUGGAUUCGCAGCUAGCUUCUGAUGGCACCAUACCUGUGGAUUUCCUUUUGCCCACUGGGAUUUAUAUCCAGUUGGAAGUACCUCGAGAAGCUACCAUUUCUUUUAUUAAGCAGCUGUUAUGGAAGCAAGUUCACAAUUACCCAAUGUUUAACCUGCUUAUGGACAUUGACUCCUAUAUGUUUGCAUGUGUGAAUCAAACUGCUGUAUAUGAGGAACUUGAAGAUGAAACGCGAAGACUUUGUGACGUCAGACCUUUUCUUCCAGUUCUCAAGUUAGUGACACGGAGUUGUGAUCCCGGGGAAAAACUGGAUUCAAAAAUUGGAGUCCUUAUAGGAAAAGGUCUACAUGAAUUUGAUGCCUUAAAGGAUCCUGAAGUGAAUGAAUUUAGAAGAAAAAUGCGCAAAUUCAGUGAGGAAAAGAUUCAGUCACUUGUGGGAUUAUCGUGGAUUGACUGGCUGAAGCAGACAUACCCACCAGAGCACGAUCCAUCCAUCCUUGAAAACUUGCAAGACAAGCUUUAUGGAGGAAAGCUCAUUGUAGCUGUUCAUUUUGAAAAUAGUCAGGAUGUGUUUAGCUUUCAUGUAUCCCCUAAUAUGAAUCCCAUCAAGGUAAAUGAGUUGGCAAUCCAGAAACGUUUGACCAUUCAUGGGAAGGAGGAGGAAGCCAGUCCUGGUGACUACGUGCUGCAGGUCAUUGGAAGAAUAGAGUAUGUGUUUGGUGAUUACCCGCUAAUUCAGUUCCAGUACAUCCGGAACUGCGUUGUGAACAGGGCCCUGCCCCACUUUGUACUUGUGGAGUGCUGCAAGAUCAAGAAGAUGUAUGAGCAGGAAAUGAUUGCCAUAGAAGCUGCCAUAAAUCGGAAUUCAUCUAGCUUUCCUCUUCCCUUACCGCCAAAGAAAACACGAGUUAUUUCUCAUGUUUGGGACAAUAACAAGCCUUUCCAAAUUGUUUUGGUUAAGGGAAAUAAGCUUAACACAGAAGAAACUGUAAAAGUCCACGUCAGGGCUGGUCUUUUUCACGGUACUGAGCUCCUGUGUAAAACUGUCAUAAGCUCAGAGAUAUCAGGGAAAAAUGAUCAUAUUUGGAACGAAACACUGGAAUUUGAUAUUAAUACUUGUGACUUGCCAAGAAUGGCUCGAUUAUGCUUUGCUGUUUAUGCUGUUCUGGAUAAAGUAAAAACGAAGAAAUCAACCAAAACUAUUAAUCCCUCUAAAUAUCAGACCAUCAGGAAAGCUGGAAAAGUGCAUUAUCCUGUAGCCUGGGUAAAUACCAUGGUUUUUGACUUUAAAGGACAAUUGAGAUCUGGAGACAUAAUACUGCACAGCUGGUCUUCUUUUCCUGAUGAACUUGAAGAAAUGUUAAAUCCGAUGGGAACUGUUCAAACAAAUCCAUAUACUGAAAAUGCAACAGAUUUGCAUAUUAAAUUUCCAGAGAAUAAAAAACAACCAUGUUAUUACCCUCCCUUCGAUAAGAUUAUUGAAAAGGCAGCUGAAAUUGCAAGCAGUGACAGUGCUAAUGUAUCAAGUCGAGGUGGAAAAAAGUUUCUUCCUGUACUGAAAGAAAUCUUGGACAGGGAUCCCUUGUCUCAGCUGUGUGAAAAUGAAAUGGAUCUUAUUUGGACUUUGCGACAAGACUGCAGAGAGAAUUUCCCACAGUCACUGCCAAAAUUACUUCUGUCAAUCAAGUGGAAUAAACUGGAAGAUGUUGCUCAGCUUCAGGCACUGCUUCAGAUUUGGCCUAAACUGCCCCCAAGGGAAGCCCUGGAGCUUCUUGAUUUCAACUAUCCAGACCAGUACGUGCGGGAAUACGCUGUGGACUGCUUGCGUCAGAUGAGUGAUGAAGAGCUCUCACAGUAUCUUUUACAGCUGGUCCAAGUUUUAAAAUAUGAACCUUUUCUUGACUGUGCACUUUCUAGAUUUCUAUUAGAAAGAGCACUUGCUAACCGGAGGAUAGGGCAGUUUCUGUUUUGGCAUCUUAGGUUGAAGCACUCAAUAAAUUAAAAACUUUGAAUAGUUUAAUCAAACUGAAUGCCGUGAAGCUAAACAGAGCGAAGGGGAAGGAGGCCAUGCACACUUGUCUGAAGCAGAACGCCUACCGGGAAGCCCUCUCCGAUCUGCAGUCGCCGCUGAACCCCUGUAUCAUCCUCUCGGAGCUCUAUAUUGAAAAGUGCAAAUACAUGGAUUCCAAGAUGAAGCCUUUGUGGCUCGUGUACACCAAUAAGGUGUUCGGUGAGGACUCGGUCGGAGUGAUUUUUAAAAAUGGCGAUGAUUUACGUCAGGAUAUGCUGACUCUCCAGAUCCUGCGCUUGAUGGAUUCUCUCUGGAAAGAAGCUGGGCUGGACCUUCGGAUGCUGCCGUAUGGCUGCUUAGCAACAGGAGAUCGCUCCGGCCUCAUUGAAGUCGUGAGCACCUCUGAAACAAUUGCUGACAUUCAGCUGAACAGUAGCAAUGUGGCAGCUGCAGCAGCCUUCAAUAAAGAUGCCCUUCUGAACUGGCUUAAAGAAUACAAUUCUGGGGAUGACCUGGACCGAGCCAUUGAAGAGUUUACCUUAUCCUGUGCUGGCUACUGUGUAGCUUCUUAUGUCCUCGGGAUUGGUGACAGACACAGUGACAACAUAAUGGUCAAAAAAACUGGCCAGCUCUUCCACAUUGACUUUGGACAUAUUCUUGGAAACUUCAAAUCUAAAUUUGGCAUUAAAAGAGAACGAGUGCCUUUUAUUCUUACUUACGAUUUCAUUCAUGUCAUUCAACAAGGCAAGACAGGAAACACAGAGAAGUUUGGUCGGUUCCGCCAGUGCUGUGAAGAUGCGUACCUGAUUUUACGAAGGCACGGGAAUCUCUUCAUUACUCUCUUUGCACUGAUGUUGACUGCAGGGCUUCCUGAACUCACGUCAGUCAAGGAUAUACAGUAUCUCAAGGACUCUCUUGCUUUAGGAAAGACUGAUGAAGAGGCACUCAAACAAUUUAAGCAAAAAUUUGAUGAGGCGCUCAGGGAAAGUUGGACUACUAAAGUGAACUGGAUGGCCCACACAGUUCGGAGAGACUACAGAUCUUAACAUCAGCGUUUGCUCCUAAUGUAUCUUUUAGUUUUGUUUCAUUUUUACUUUGCACUUGCACUAAACUGAACAUGACCCUGCCAGAGAUGUUAUAAAGGGAAUGAAAUCCUGGAACUCAGUUAAAUUAAGAACAAGACACCCACAGAACCUGAUCCGAACAAUCCCUGAUGAGCACUCUCUGCCCUUUGAAUGCUUCCAAGACCCAUCAGGAAUCCUGUCAACAUUAUGGAUAAUCAUUUCCUGCUGACUUUGCACUCCAAGGAAUGCGACUAGGGAUAGUCUGAUGUCUUAUUCUUUUAUAAAUGUUUGGUACUUUGCCCAAAAGUUGUAAAUACUUCUUUUCAGUGUUGUGACCAAGUGUUAGCACUCAGCCAAGAACUUCUCCACACUUGGAGGCUGGGAGAUGAUCCUCCUCCUGAAACAAAGCUUCCAAGGAAGGUAUCUUCCUUACCUUUUUAAAUUGUGUAAACUGCAAAUUAUGAUAUAAUUUCAAUUUAUGAUUAUUUUUCAGAAGAAAUCUUUUAAACUUGUGGGAACUCAUUAAUUUCUUUGUUAAUAUUUAUUUACCAUGAUAGCAUCAUUCCAGCCAGACUUACUGAAAAUCUACUGGAGAGGCAAAUAUAUAUAUUUAUAAAAUUUCUAGUGGGAGUUCUGUAAAAAAAAGAGACAUUUCUUUGGUAUUCUUCAUUCUGUGUUUUAAAGUUUUACAAAAAGCAGAACUUUUUCCUAAGUUACUUUUAGGUUAGUUAACUGUGAGAUCCAGUUCUUCCAUCUGCCUCUGUAAUGAGGCACAUAUUAAUACACUUUUUAUAUGAUAUCUGUGAAAGAGUUCACUUCAUAGAGCAUAAUAUUUGAGCAAGUGUAUCCAAGAAAGCAAACAAAUAAAGAGGAAUCUAUUUAUGGAAUAAACUCCAGAUUUAAAAUUCAGUAUUUUAGUAAAAUGCCAAUUGUUCUUACUGUAUUUAUUAAAACUUAUAAUAAUGUGAGUUUUCAAGGAUAUUAGUUCACACUGAAAUGGUUUCAUGCCAUAUGGAAAUCUUAAUUUAUUUGUUGAGGUACCGUAUAUGUAGGGUGCUAGGUGGCAGAUGUUAAUAUGUGCAAUAGGAACUACUGGUGUGAAUGUGUAAAUGGAUGCUCUGAGCACUGGCAACAUCCAGCAAAACUACUGCUUAUUCUCCAAAGAAUACUGGGAGCUCUCAACCCUCAAUGACAUGGGAAAGACAACAGUACUUGCCCUCUGACUGAGUUUUUCUGUAGGAAUUUUAUUAAAGAUUGUUUAAUUUUGUUGUCCUUCUUAAUGUUCUCAGUCAAAUAAAUGGGUAAGCUGGUUUUGGCUAUUCUUGGAA